GCCGGGUCGGGAGCGACGGACGGGCUGGCUGAGUGACUGAGCAAGGGAGGCGAUCGGGGGAGAGUCGCCGCCGCCGCGGCCGCGCAGGAACACCGGGAGCGGCCGAAGGAGGAAGGAAGGAGGACCCCCGACCGCCGCCAUGAAGAAGCAGUUCAACCGCAUGAGGCAGCUGGCCAACCAGACGGUGGGCAGAGCCGAGAGAACUGAAGUCCUCAGCGAAGACCUGCUGCAGAUCGAGCGACGUCUUGACAAUGUGAGGUCCGUCUACCACAACUCCUACAAGCGUCUGCUGGCGUGUUUGCAUGGCCAGUAUGGGACAGACGCUGACAAGAGGCAUAAGAAGCUCCCCCUCACGGCUUUUGCUCAGAACAUGCUGGACGGGGCGGUGCAGCUGAGUGAUGAGACCUUGCUGGGGAAAAUGCUAGAGACGUGCGGCGAUGCAGAGAACAAGCUGGCAACAGAACUCUCUUACCACGAGGUGCAGGUUGAAAAAGAGAUCUUGGAGCCCAUCAACCAACUGACCGAGGUGGAAAUCCCCAACAUCCAGAAGCAGAGGAAGCAACUGGCCAAGCUGGUGUUGGACUGGGAUUCCGCCCGGGCGAGGUGGAACCAGGCCCACAAGACGUCGGCUGUGAACUUCCAAGGGCUCCCGUCGAAAAUCGACUCUCUCAAGGAAGAGGUGGACGAAGCGGGGAAUAAAGUGGAGCAGUGCAAGGAUCAACUGGCGGCGGACAUGUACAGCUUCAUUUCCAAAGAAGGCGACUACGCCCGGUAUUUUGUCUCGUUGUUAGAAGCCCAAGCAGAUUACCAUAGAAACGCAUUAGCAGUCUUAGAAAAGGUGCUCCCCGAAAUCCAGGCCCAUCAAGACAGGUGGACGGAGAAGCCGGCCUUCGGGACGCCCCUGGAGGAGCACCUUAAGCGCAGCGGGCGGGAGAUCGCCCUCCCCAUCGAGGCGUGCGUGAUGAUGCUCCUGGAGACGGGCAUGAAGGAGGAGGGCCUCUUCCGCAUCGCCGCCGGAGCCUCCAAACUGAAGAAGCUCAAAGCCGCGCUGGACUGUUCCACCUCGCAGCUGGACGAGUUCUACUCCGACCCUCACGCUGUGGCAGGUGCCCUGAAGUCUUACCUCCGAGAGCUGCCAGAGCCGCUGAUGACCUAUGCCCUGUACGAGGAGUGGACCCAAGUGGCAAAUGUUCAGGACCAGGACAAGAAGCUGCAGGACCUGUGGAGAAUUUGCCAGAAGCUGCCGAAGCAGAACCUGGCCAACUUCAGGUACUUGAUCAAAUUCCUGGCGAAGCUCGCCCAGCUCAGCGACGUGAACAAGAUGACGCCCAGCAACAUCGCGAUCGUCCUCGGCCCCAACUUGCUGUGGGCGAAGAACGAAGGCUCUCUUGCGGAAAUGGCAGCAGCUACUUCGGUGCACGUGGUGGCCGUUGUCGAACCCAUAAUCCAGCACGCCAACUGGUUCUUUCCUGAAG